GACAAAGCGGCGAGGCCGUUUGCUUUUUUCGUCUCAGCGGCGGCAGCCAUUUUGGAAACUCUCUGAGAGGAAAAACCAGUUUCCUUUUUCUUCUUCAGCUUUGCUAGGCCCUGCGGCCCCCGCCAACCGCCACCAUUUUUGCCAUGUCGAGAGACCGCUUUCGAAGCCGUGGAGGCGGCUUCCACCGGCGUGGUGGUGGAGGAGGAGGAGGAAUAGGGGGAGGCAGCGGCGGAGGAGGCCGAGGCCUGCCGGGGAACCACGACUUCCGCUCGCCGCCUCCAGGCCCGACCCAGACCCGAGGAGGAGGAGGAAGCGGCCACCACCAUGCGCCCAAGUCGGAGCCUCCGAAGCCGCCCAGCUCGACUUCGGUGCCUGCGUCGUCCUCCGCGGCGUCGGUUUCCGUCUCCUCGGCGCCUUCGGUGACCCAGAACCAGGCCGGGCAACAACCUCCGCCCUCUUCAGCGGCCUCUUCCUCUGUCAGUGCCGCGCCAAGCUCGACCUCCGCUCCUGCGGCCUCCUCUUCCGCCCAAGCGCCGGCCUCGCAGCAACAAACCACCCCGCCGAGCCAAGGCCCGAAGAAAGCGUCAGGCCCGUCGCCCGGAGGAGGAGGAGGAGGGAGCGGCGGCGCCUUGAAGGGAGGCCCCACUCCCAGUGGAGGCUCCAAAGGCGGCGGAGGAGGAGGAGGGCCCGGCCAGCACCGCAGCGGCGAUAGGCGAUCCGGUCAGAGUCAGCACCAUCACCACCAACAGCAGCAGCAACAACAACAGCCCUCCAUGCCGCAGCAGCAACAACAGGACAAAGUCUCCGACGCCGAGGGCUUUAAAGCCAACUUGGCUCUUCUGAGACGCCCUGGUGAAAAGACAUACACUCAGCGUUGUCGUCUUUUUGUUGGGAAUUUACCUGCUGAUAUCACCGAAGACGAGUUUAAGAGGUUGUUUGCUAAAUAUGGUGAACCUGGAGAAGUCUUCAUCAACAAGGGGAAAGGAUUUGGCUUUAUUAAACUGGAAUCCCGAGCUCUGGCUGAAAUUGCAAAGGCAGAACUGGAUGACAUCCCUAUGAGAGGAAGACAGCUUCGUGUGCGUUUUGCCACACAUGCUGCUGCUCUUUCUAUUCGCAAUCUUUCUCCGUAUGUUUCAAAUGAAUUGCUGGAGGAAGCUUUCUCUCAGUUUGGUCCAAUUGAAAGAGCUAUUGUGAUUGUAGAUGAUCGUGGUAGAUCUACAGGAAAAGGCAUUGUUGAAUUUGCAUCAAAGCCUGCAGCACGAAAAGCUUUUGAGCGUUGCACAGAAGGUGUCUUCCUUUUAACAACUACUCCAAGACCAGUUAUUGUGGAGCCUCUUGAGCAGCUGGAUGAUGAAGAUGGUCUCCCAGAAAAGCUGGCUCAGAAAAAUCCAAUGUAUCAAAAGGAGAGGGAGACUCCUCCACGAUUUGCUCAGCCUGGAACCUUUGAAUAUGAAUAUUCUCAGAGAUGGAAAUCUUUGGAUGAAAUGGAGAAACAACAGAGAGAUCAGGUGGAGAAAAACAUGAAAGAUGCCAAGGACAAACUGGAAAGUGAAAUGGAAGAUGCCUAUCACGAGCAUCAGGCAAACCUUUUGCGUCAAGAUCUUAUGAGGCGUCAGGAAGAACUGAGACGUAUGGAAGAACUUCACAAUCAAGAGAUGCAGAAACGCAAGGAAAUGCAAUUAAGACAGGAAGAAGAGCGUCGUAGGCGGGAAGAAGAGAUGAUGAUCCGCCAACGUGAGAUGGAAGAACAAAUGAGAAGACAAAGAGAAGAAAGUUACAGUAGAAUGGGUUACAUGGACCCUGUAAGUCAGGGCUGGAAGAAUCCCAGUAGUCUGGUUACUCAGAGGGAGAGAGACAUGAGAAUGGGUGGCACCAGCACAAUGAACAUGGGAGAUCCCUAUGGUACAACUGCUCAGAAAUUCCCACCUUUAGGGGGUGGAACUGGCCUGGGCUAUGAAACCAGCCCUGGAGUUGGACAAACAUCUAUGACCAGUUCCAUGAUGGCGAGCGAUAUGCGCCCUGAACGAUUUGGGCAGGGUGGUGCAGGGCCUGUAGCUGGCCAGGGCCCUAGAGGAAUGGGGCCUGGAACUCCAGCAGCUUAUGGGAGAGGCAGAGAAGAAUAUGAAGGCCCAAACAAAAAGCCCCGCUUUUAGAUGUGAUGUAGAUUUCCAUUCCAGUUUUUUUUCCGUCUUGUUCAGACACUACUUUUUUUUUUAAUUCUUGCCUUUUAGUGAGAAAACUGCGUUUUUAUGAAUGUUAGAAACUUAAUGAUCUAGAAUUUGUAAGUGGUCUGGGCAGAAAAUCUAAUUAUGUAAUGCAGUGUUCAAAACUUAGCUUUUUUGAUGUAUAACGUCCCUUACCUUGAUGGCAGUGUACCGUGCGCCAUUUGAAUUCCCAACUGUAAACUUUUUUUUACUGUGCUUAAAAUAAAUAGACUACAUGUAGCAGUUAUUCUUAUAUCUUAAACUUGCUGUUCACGGUUGAAAGAAUACAGGACAAACAUGCAACACUUCCUUGCAGUAGGCAGUGUUGCUUGAGGUCUAGUUGGUGUAUUGCAGAAUUUGGCUUACAUGCUGUCAGGACAUAAAUUUAUUUUACCUGCAGUUGGUGUGAUACUGAGAUGUGAUUGCUUUGUGUAUGAAAUGACAUCAAAGUAGCAAUACUCAGAAAUUGUGGCCAGUGGACUAGAUCAGGUCCACAGGCCUUCACCUGCUGGUUUGUGGUGAGUUUCCAGAAAUUAAAAAAAAAAGCCAGUGGGCAUAAUUUUGAUAUUGGUCCCAGGCAUGUUAAUCCCCAUUGCCAUUUUCCUACCAUCAGAGAGUCUUGAAAGGCACGGAUUUAUAGGUGAAGGUUCACUUUUGGAAUAAACAACUGGGAUAAUCUUUCCAGAAGUUGCAAUAUAGGUUUUUAAUGGAGAUUCGUAAGAGUUUAAUUGCCCUUUAUGAAGGCAGUCGAAGAGACUAAAAUUCUAGUGCUAAUUUCAAAUUAUACAGUCGCAUGGUUGAAAUUUCAGACCUAACUGAGAAAGUGGGAGAAGGGGAAUUCUGGCAGACAGCUGGUAGUGUUAACUGCUGAGUUUUUAAAAGAGCACCUAUAUUCCAGGUUCAAACCAUAAUACGGCUUAGAUAUACUUAUCUUUCAAAGAGUUGCUGUGAUAUUUCUUUAAUAUGGCUCAUUAUAUAGCACCCGCUGUGCCUACUUCAUUGUUAGCAUUUAAUUAAUAUUCUUAGCUUGAAAGCACUGAAAUGUGGGAAGGCAGGUUUGUUUUAAUUUCUGUAAUAAUUUAGACAUUAUAGAGUACAGGAAGAAAACAGAAACUUCAGGGUUAAAUUAUUGUAUAGUGUCAUGUACUGUAGUAAUUUGCCAGAUAGAACCAUACAGUAAAUACAAUUAAAACAAGGUUUUGUAACUUGGGCUGCAUAGUACAAAGCUAUGUUGAAUUUGGUAGAGGUGAAUAUUUCAUUCUUAUUAAAACACACCUGAAUUCAUAGUAUGUUGGACUCCAUAGCUGCCUGACAUCUGAAAGUCUGGGUGCACAGUUUCCCAGGAUGUAAAAAGUACUACUGGUUGAUGAAAAUAUCAACCAGAUUUAGAGCCCAUUCUGUAUUUAUUUCUGGAUGUAUUUUCAUGUUUAAAAAUUCUGAUCUUUAUAUAACUUUUAAUCUUUUAAAUAAGGGGUGGGGAACCUGACUUAAUUUUUCUGUUUGUUCUAUAAUGGAACCUCAAGUUAAUAUUGAGCAUAUCUGGGGCCAAAACUGGGUCGAGGCUACCCUUUCCCACUCGGGUUUGAACAGGACACUUCCAGGAGGCUUCAGUUUCUCCCCUGUUUCAAAUAUUUUGACUGUAUCCCCAUUGCACCCCCUCCCCCCAAUCUCAGAGGCUUUUGCCAUUGGCAUGAAAUUAUGCUGGGACACAGAUGGCUCUUGGACCACAGGUUCUGCACCCCUCCUUUAAAUGUCUUCCUCUGUACGAUUUAUUGAUAAGCCCAUCAGCCAUAUCCAAAUAUUUGACAAUGCCUUCCUCUGUUUUGGUAAGAAUGGACUGUGUACAGUGUUUUCAACGUGCGUGGAUAAAAUUCUCGUGUCCUCACUUUGACAAAAUAAACUUGUUAGUACAAGGUUUUGUAAGCAAACAUUUGAACUCAAGAAUGCCGAUAAACCGUCGAUGAUCAUGGUUGAUGGAUGGUUGAUUUUCAGGUAGUGUUGUGGUUGGAUUGAGCUACAUUCCAAGAAGCUUUCAAAGAUGUUAUUACAUGAAACUCCUUACUUUUUGAACUUGAGGGGAGGGGGGAGCUCAUAAUCUUUACAAGAUUUCUGCUGGAGAGUACUGUGAAAAAGCCUAUAUAAAUCAAUCAAUUUGGGUUCUGAGCUUUUGUCAAUGGAUGCUAGGGUUUUUUUUCUACUGACCCUUUUAAAGAGGCGUUUUUGGAACACCCACAACAGGAAAAUCCUGAAAUUUGAUAGUGGUGGGGCUCUGGGUACAAGGACACUAAUUUUCAGUUUAUUUUUCAGAUUACAUGCCAUUUUUCCUUAGGAUGCUGGCACAUGGCUUUAAACCAUGGUCUUUUGUAGUACUGUAGUCUUGAAGAGUGAAGGAGGCUCAUUGUCCCAUUACCCUUCCUAAGGUUCACCUCUUGUUUCGUUCUGUCAAAAAUUGGGCUAUUUUGAAAAUAAGAGACCUGCAGAAGAUACUGAUAGUUUAAACGCCAAUUCUGUACUUUUUCAAGUGCAGUUUGCACAUAUUUAAAUAUUUGUACAAUAGUCUUAAUUUAUGAAAAAUGGGCUCCCAAGUACUAGGAACUCUCAUUGAGCCUUAACUCAAUUGGUUGUUCAUUUUAGUUAGUAGAUUUUUCCAAAUGCAGUUUUCACAUGAUAAGCAUUUUUAGGUGCAAUUUGAACAGAAAAAUAGACAUUUUAUUUCUUCGUGCCCAUUAAGUGUUUAGUUUUAAAAAGAGCACAUGACAGGGUUUUCCCCAUGUUUUACCACCCCAGCAUGCUAUAAACACAUUCUUGCCAGUUAUAAUGAAAAACUGAAUUUCUGUUUCUGUGCGUAUUUUGUGGUAUCUUUGUUUCUCUUUUUUAAAAAACCCAAACCCUUGGCAACCAGUUGUGGCAGCGUACUUUUUUUCUGGAGUUUUGAGACUGCACUUUGACACUGUUUAAAGUAGUGGCCUGCUACGUAACAGCACUUAGUCAGCAUUUCUGCAGUGCAUUACUGUGAGGAACGUAGUACCACAAGUGGCAAUGGACAUUAGGACCUGGAUGUAGUAUUCCUGCUUGCUCCGAGAUUCUCAUUGUCGCCUGCAUACAGGUAGGUAAAAAGCACUAUAAUCUAACUUGGUGACUUUCUGUGUAAAAUUGACUGUGGGGUAUUCUGGCAUCACACUUCUGACUGUGGAAUUUCAGUGCAGCACUACUCAUACUCUAUAAUGCUUAGAUUUGAGGCCUAAUUUGCCAUCAGAGUUAGGCAAGCUGUGAUACUGAGAGGUUUGCCUCAGACCCGUGAUUCCUUCGUGUAUAUUGUUUCCACUGUAACUGUGUGCCAUUGAUAUUCUCAGACCUCAUUGGGAGGGAAAGGGAUACAAUCUUGUAAAUAUCUUAACUGCUCAAAGGUCCUGUUCGUUGCUCAUAGGAAGCAGUGCUCUUCUAGUGCAUAUAAGAUUUUUGUGGCGAAAGUCACACAUCCCUUUUUGACUAGACUGAUAAAUGCAUUGGUAACUUGCUUUGGGUAAGAAAUGGCUGUUGUAUUAAGCUUGAAGUUUGGGGAGUGGUAUUUUGUAACUUUAGUAAUCGGUUACAUAAUGCGUUUGGGUGGUUGUGGGGUGAAUACUGUGGCAUUUGUUCAACUAAGAAUUCCCACUUCUAAUGUUCCAUAUGCUUGGUCCAAAAGAUCUAGCUCUUUCUGCUUCCUUGGCGGGGAAAAUACAUAAUGGGGUCAUAUACCUAACUUAUUGCCCUCUAGGUCUGUUGGCUUUGUUGUGGUAACUGUUUUCAAUAAUUAUAUCUCUCUUUAAAAACUAUUUGAUCUGGUUCUUGGCCAACUUACAUGAAUCAGCCUUAUUUUACUUAGGGCUGGAAUAUAUAUCUGUUAAACCCAGGUUUUGUGUUUCAAGACAAAAAACUUGUUCAUGAGUAGGAUUCAACCGUGAAUCUUCCAAAUAACAAUCUGGUCCUGAAUUGGAUAAGGCAGUCUCCUGCUAUAUCAGAUAUAGGCAGACUUUGGCCCUCCAGGCAUUUUGGACUCCAACACCCAUAAUUCCUAACAGCUUACUGGCUGUUAGGAAUUGUGAAAGUUGAAAUCCAGAACACCUGGAGAGCUAAAGUUUUGCCAUGCUUGUGCUAUAUCAUAGUAGUCUAUUAAUGAAAAGUGUACUUUUGAUAUCUUAGUAUCAAUAGUAUUUGCUUUGCAAGAAUAUAGUUAUAUUCAAACAAAGCUGCAGCUAGUGACAAACCCAGUGUGAACUGUGAUGAAGCAAAAUUCAGUACCUUUGCUGUGUAAACUCUAGUAGUUGUGUGCAAACAUUGUAAGUAGACCUACUCAAUUUUGACCAAUAUCCCAAAGUAUGAUGUGGUGAUAUGUGGGAUCAGAUCAUAGAGUGCUACACUCUGCAUAAUUGGAUUUUAGUAGACUCUUUUUCUCAGGACAGAUGAGCUGGACAUAAGUCUGUGGGGCGCACCCCUAAAUGCAGUGGCAAACAGGAUUACAAUAAUUUACAAAGCAGCAACUCUUGGUCUGCUAAACACAUCACUCUGGGUAGGUGUCAUGAAAAAUAACUCUCAAGUGCUUGCAUUGUAUUCCAGUUUUAAGUUUAUUUUUCAUCUGUUCUAUGAAUUUGUUUUGAUUCUUAUGAAUGCUGACUUCAGAGUUCAGAAGUGUGAUGCCAGAAUACAUUAUGCGUACUCUGCUAGGCCCUUGGUGCCAGUGGCUGGUCUUGUCAGGAGAGCUGUCCUGGGGGAGGGAGGGUUUAACUCUGUAUGCCUCAGUCAAGCACCUCUUGGAUGCAACGCCCCACUCCCUUCAUCCCCAGUAACUCAACAAGGCCUGCAUCCAAAGCCCCCCAUAGAAUUCAUUUUGAGGGUGAAUUUAUGCUAAUGAUUUCCACCUGACCAGGAAGGCCCUGGUGGUUAUGUAUGUUAAAACAGAGCCCAACAUGAAGAGAUUGUGCUUUUUUAGGUUGGUUUGGACCAUUGGUUGUUUUCCACCAUCACAAGCUAGAAAGGUUGGAAUCAACAGGUCAGUUGCAGAUAUGUCUUUAUGCCAUUUUGGUGGGUAUAAGUAAAUGCUGCAAGGGGUGCGGGGCUGGGAAGGUGGAAGGAAACGGGAAAUUGUUUCACUCUUUGGAUUGUUGCAUUAGCAUUGGGCCGUGAAAGCCCAUGGUAGUGCCUACAAACCUCCGUCAGACAAACAUGGCAUUGCACGCUAGUACAAUUGAAUUGUGGGAAGGGAUGGCUGCAAAUAAAGUUAGUGAUGAAAAAAAAAACCCAAACCAUAAUUCAUGUUACUAGAACUUAAAAUGUGUUCCUUCUGUUUUGGAAAAAAACAAAACAUUAAGCCAAGAUGUGGACUUGAGGAUACUGGCACAUUGACUGGCUUGGCAGUGUCUUGAUCGUUUUAAAGGGCCACUCAAGAGUGAGUCGCAGGUGGAAAGGUUGCCUUUUCAUUCUCUGUACGCCCUUAAUGGGGCUUUCUGAAAAAAGGGUUUUUUGGGUUAGAGCGAUAAUGGUAGAAGGGGAAGAGAGCUAGUUCAAGGCACACUCCUAACUGUAUUGUGAAGACUCAGAAGGCAUUUGGACAAGCCUUUGAAUAAACAUUUUAUGGGGUGGAGGGCUGUAUGGCAGCAGAGAGGCAACCAAGUAGUUGAAUGCAGUAGCUUCACAUCUUCACACAAGAGGUGACCCACCUCUGGCUGCAAGUAUUCUAAUGCUGAGGUUGGCAGUUGAGGACUAAAUGAAGACUAGUUGCAUAUCUUCACUAUCCUGUAGCUCAGUCUUUGGAGUAAAAGCAUUCAUUUUCUGCUUGUGCCCCAUGCUAUUUCCCAAUGACUGUUUUGGCAGAACUUGUAAACUCCCCUCAGCUUACCAAUUCGUGAGUUAACUCUUAUGAUUAAUCUUCAAUUUUUGUUUUCAGAAACUCCUGUAGUCUAUAUCUUCUUACUAACUUCAGCUCUUAUCCUUUAGGUGAAGGUUAUACCAGCUGGAUGAAACCAGAGAAAGGCCACAUGUGAGUCUGGAUAUAGUCCGUAGAUGCCCGCGGAAUAAAUUAUGGAGAGUGGACAGCCCUAAAAAAUAAUAAGGUAAAAGAAGCUAUUCCUGAAUGCAGAAGAGAGAAGUCCCAAGAUUGUAAUAGGAGCCUUUUCAGAUUUAAAUAAAUUAUAUAAAAAUUUGAUAA